AUGCCAUCACAAUCUGUGAAGAGCAAGGGCAAGGCCCAGGCCGUUGAACCUGAACCCGAACUGCCGUCGCCAGAGAUUCUUGAUGCUCUGGAGGGAAACCUCUGCUAUAUCCACAAAUGGGUAGAGGGUCUAUACAACCGACUUGUUGCCCAUUUCACCGACCAAUCCCAAAUGCUGCAAGAGUUUUCGGAUCACUGGCCUCUUUUGAACGAUCUACGAGAACAACUGAAUUGGUUCCAGGGUGAAGACUGGAUCAUUCCAGCUCUUCAGCUACUGGCCUUGCUCUCAUCGUUUGCCAAUGAAUGGGACGUUCCAAUAGCCAGCUGGCAGAUGGGACCGACUGAGUCCCUCUCUUUACAAGAACUCUUUGGUGUUUUCAACUUUGAUGCCGAACCCCCAGUCCAAUACAUGCCAAAUGCUCCUCGACUGGAAACUUCCUCUAUGAUUCCUCCUCGGGUCUCUUUGCCUAUGGUACCUUCAAGCUCCAUCAGUGCUGCUGUGAGUCCACCUCCAGCUGCCAGAACUCGAUCGGCCUCUGGUUUGCCCAGGGUUCUCGCUUCCACUCUGGUUGCUGGUUCGUCCAGCGCCGUAGAGUCCUCCAAUGUGGUUGCCGGUCCAUCCAGUGCCGUAGAUUCUUCCAAUAUGGUUGCUGGUCUUUCUAAACCGGUGUCCAAAUGCAAGGCCCCCGAAUCUUCUACGGUAGAGUCUACGAGGUCCAAGCAAUCAAAAAUUGUCAAGGCUUCUGUCAAUAGGGUCACUUUUGCAGAGUCAUCAGAUGCAGAGGCUUCUGAGCCUCGCAAACCUUAUUGCACUCGAUCUCAUACCAGAAAGGGGCCCGUAGCUACCUCAGAAUUGGAGGCUGCAGCUACUGACCGGUCCUUGAGGCAAAAGUCAAGCCAGACCAGCAAAAGUAAAGGGAAGGCCAAGGAGUCUACGGAGAACACUGGAGCUUCCGUAGAGGAACUGUGGACUUCUGGAGCCCGGUCUCAUGUGUUUCCUGAGGGGUGGAUUGGUGCCGCUCGCAAUAUGGAACUCCAAUUUGAUCUGGGCAAAGCCAAGCUCAGCCUGGAGUCGAUUCUGAAAGCUGGUCAAUCCAUAGCCUUUUUCGAUCGUCUCACUCCCUGCGGUCGCUGUACCUACUUUGGGUAUACCAAUUGUAAACCAAUCUGGGCUGCUAGCGGUAAGGCUGGUCAUAGGCCGACCUGUGCUCAAUGCUUUGCGGGGAAGCAGAAGUGCUCCUUCUUCGAUCCUGACAGUUCUCGAGCUGGGCUCAAGAAACUUGAAGCCGCCUCGAGCAAUAACCUUCUUUUGGCCAAAAUCGCUCUCCGGCUCAAUCGAGAGUUACAGUCUUAUGAGCAAAUGUUACUAGCUCAGAAGACCACCUACAACACUGCUAAGAUAACCUGGUCGAACAUCCAGGAGAGUCAAAGGGCUCUAUGGGCGGCUGGGAGGGAUCCCGUUGAAGUCUUCAAAGGUCUUGGUGAUGAUGAGGACUUCAAAAUGACUCCCUCUCAAGUCAAAGCUCUCGGUGACACUCUUGGCUGGUCGCUUUCUGGUUCUGCGGUGGAAGAGGUCGAGGAGAAUGCUCCUCCCUCCGUUCCCUUGCCGUCUAGUUCUAUUAACCCGCCAGCUCCUGUAGCUACUUCUGGAAUCUCCAAGAAGGAUAGUGAGGCUGAAGAGGAGGGGGAUGACGAUGAAGAGUCUGAUGAGUCUUCAUCGGGCUCUUCAUCACCUUCUGGUAAUGCUGUGUCCACUGUAGCAGAGUCUGCUACAGUCCAGGAGGAGGCUGAGGUUCCUCCAGCUCCGAGAUCUGAAGUGGAGGUCACUGUCAAGGACUUGAUUGACGACAAAGCCAAGGAAGCAAGUUCUGACAAUUCAAGUGCGGAAGAAGAAGAGGGGGACAGUGAGGACAAGGAAGAAUCUUCGGAUUCUUCCUCUCCCUCUGUUCGCCGCUCUCUUGAUCCAGUCUCCAAGGCAGUCAUUGCCAAGCUGGAUCAAGACAGGCGAGCCGUCGAGAGGGUGUUCGGCCUUCAGCUGCAGCACAAAAGAGCUUAG